UGCAGCUUAACAAUGGCGGAUUUGAAAGAUGAACACGGCAACCCGAUUAAACUUACGGACCCGGAAGGCAACCCGGUUCAAUUGACAGAUGAGUUUGGUAACCCUAUUCAGCUCAAAGGAACUGUUGCCACCACCCACCACCCUGAAACCGGAACCGUCUCUGCUCCUGCUGUUUUCGGCCAUGAAACCGCCGGUACUGCUCCGGCCACGACUGAGACGGGCGGUACCCAGACUGAGCCGCACGAGGGUGAAAAAGAAAUCGAACGAUCUUCUAGUUCCUCAAGCUCCACCUCGUCUGAGGAUGACGGGCAAGGUGGGCGAAGGAAGAAGAAAGGACUGAAGCAGAAAAUAAAAGAGAAACUAACAGGAGGAAGUAAGGAUAAGGACAAGGAGGAACACAAGGAAACCACCACCACCACCGCCACCGCCACGGCGGAAGAAUCCCACCACGAACACGAGAAGAAAAGCGUCAUGGAGAAGAUCAAAGAAAAGUUACCGGGUCACCACGCCCAUUAAAGUCUACAUAAAUAAAUACUUAUAAUAUCAAAGCAUGUUAAUAUUAUAUACGUACUUUAUAUGUAAACCAAUCAAGCUUCGUUUGUUUUGCUUGAAUGUGUACAUAUUGUGGGUUUAUAUGGGUUG